AUGCCAAGUCUGGCAGCACUUCCAGAUGAGCUGCCGAUCCAUCGUCCCACCCAUUGGGAACAGGUUCCAGGCUUAUUCCCAGAUACCACACAGCUGCUGCCAAUGGCAGUCCCUGGAGAGAUGAAUGCCACUUCUGGCUCACAAGUGGCCCGCCUUGGUAGAUCGUUUGCGCAGAUCGCAGCAGAGGCAGACAGUUCCAUGGACGAUGACGAAGGUGAUAGCUUUGCGCGUGAGCUCAACCUCACUGAGGAUAUGCACGUUGCGAACCUCAAUGCCAGCUCGACCGUGUUCCAAAUGGGGUACAUUCUGAGGGACAUUCGUGGCAAGGCGUAUUGCAGGAACUGA